UGUUAUUAACGUGCCCUGUUAUCGAUAGUUCGAUUUUUGCGAACACAAUAACAUUUACUUAAGAUCUGUAUAGAUAUGGGUUAGAUAUAUUUUUUUUUAAAGCUGCGUUCCGAUAUUCGCUACCAGUAUCACGAAAUCUAUAGCACAUGUGACGUGAAGUGUAGAGUUUUAGUACAUUUUAUUCAUGUAUCUACAUACACGAGACAUUGCGCAGAUAUUAAAAAUAUCGAACACACGUAUGAGCAUUUACAAAAGCUAAAUUAUGUGAGUCGAUGUAAUAAGCCUUUAAAUUUCAUUUAAAAGACCGCAUGUACUUUUUGAACAAUCUAAUUACAGAACGUAUAUGUAUAUUAAAGCAUAUAUGUUACACGUUACAAAGCGAGGAGGGAACUUGUAAAAUCAUGGCCGCCUUCAUAAGAAUCUAUCGGAUUUUAUAAUUUUCAUUUUGUUUCAAAAUACACUUGAUUAUAUCGAGAGAAUGUUGAGAAUGUGUCUUACAUUUUUCCCCAAAACACUGCUCACUGCUGGUUCAGUUGUAAUAUUUACUUUAAUUUUUUGCGAGUAUCUCAUUUAUUACAUAGUACUCAUCCAGUGCGAAUGGCCUGCUCUAGAUUCUCGAAAGGAAGAUUUAACUGUACAUAUGGAAGCUGCAGACAAACCUGUUAGAGCUAUGUUUAUUGCAGAUACUCAUCUAUUAGGUUCCAAAGAAGGUCACUGGUUUGAUAAAUUGAGAAGAGAAUGGCAAAUGUAUCGAGCAUUUCAAACCAUGAUAACACUACACAGACCAGAAGUAAUUUUUGUUUUAGGUGAUGUAUUUGAUGAAGGACAUUGGUGUAGUUCUGGAGAAUUCGAAUACUACGUACAAAGAUUCCAUUCUCUGUUUUAUAUACCUAAAGACGCACGUAUAUAUGUUAUCGCUGGAAAUCAUGAUAUGGGUUUUCAUUAUGCAAUCACACCGUAUCGUAAUCAGCGUUUCAUUAAUGGUAUGAAGAGUCCGAGCGUGCGGCGAUUGAGCAUAAGAAACAAUCAUUUUGUGCUAAUUAACAGUAUGGCAUUAGAAGGAGACGGCUGUUUCUUAUGCCGACAGACUGAGAUUGCAGUGAACAAAAUAGCUAGAGAUUUAAAAUGUGCAAGAAAAAUAGAUGAUACUUGUAACAACGCAAGCGUAAUUGCUAGAUACAGCCGACCGAUAUUGUUGCAACAUUAUCCGAUGUAUCGAGAAUCUGACGAGAUUUGCAACGAAUUGGAUCAAGCUCCUGACGAGAUAAAGACCAUUAAAUUUCGCGAACGAUGGGAAUGCUUGUCAAAGGAAGCAUCGGAAGAAAUUCUAGAUAUUUUGAAUCCACGACUGAUUGUUGCCGGUCACACUCAUCACGGAUGCAGAAGAAUGCAUCGGGACAAUAUCCUGGAAUUCACAAUCUCGUCUUUCAGCUGGCGCAAUAAGAUCAAUCCGUCUCUUCUGCUGGGUACUUUUGUUCCCAACAAUUAUUCCGUCUCAAAAUGCUACAUGCCUGUGGAAUCUACUGUGAUUUUAAUUUAUACGGUCAGCAUCACAUGCAUUCUGAUUUACUUGAUCAUAAAGCUCAGGCCGAGAUGUCACGCGUACUCUCGCUUGAAAAUACCUUGAAUUUAAAUUGAUAUGUAUAUACAUAGGGUGUUUGAAAAAUUGUGACAUAGCCAAAGUGUGAAGAUAGAAUCAAUCUUAACAGAAUAGAAUCAUCUAUCAUUUUGCAAAAUUUGCAAUAUUUAUUGAGUUAUUAAUCAAGGCUUGAGUGGUUUGGUGCGCAUAUGGCUCCUAGACCGGUUAGAGCUAGUCUAUACGCCAUUCUACGUAAAGAGUUAUUAAUCAAUGAAUAUAAGUUAAUGAGUGCGUGAAAGGCAAUGAUCCGGACAUGAAUUACUAGCUCAAUAAAUAUUGCGAAGUUGCAAAAUGGUAAAUGACUUCUGUUCGGAUUGAUUCAAUCUAUUUACUUCUUACACUUCGGCUGUGUAAAAAUUUUUAAGAUACUUUGUAUACUAAAGCAAAGCAGACGCGUGCUACGCACACGUCAUCGAGCUUAGGGUGGCUGCGAUAUUCUGCCAGUACUAAAAAUCUAUUUGCUUUACGUCACAUCAGAGGUGCAAGAUCGCGCACGUGUCUCCACCGCUUUGAUCUUUUGUUGCUGCGUGCGCGAUCUUGCAACUCUGCGUCACAUGUGCUAUAGAUUUCCAGUAUUGGCAGUGAAUAUCCGAACACAGCCGGUAUAUGUACAUAUUUUCAUGUUUUUUGAAAUUAUCUCAUCCGCGAAUCAUAACAAAUAUAAUCAUGUUAAUGGUUAGGAACUGUCAAAAUUAUAACACCAAACCAUAGAAAACCAAUCGGCGUCGCGGAAGAGGCAAUAAUACAAACAAGAUAUUAGAGUUUUAUCGAGAUAUAUGUAAGUUUCUCGAUGUUGAUACACGCGCUUUUCAUAGUAGGAGCAAAUUUAGAAUACAAUAGAAUUUGUAUACAUAUAUAAGAAGAGAGAGAAAAAAGAUGUGAUAUUCUCGAAGUAUUCUAAAACUUUGUACAUGUUAUCAAUACGUGUUAUUUACAUUGAUAUAAAAUACUUUGUAACAAUAAUUCACUGCGCGCGCGCGCACACACACACAAAGAAAUGUUUCCUAUAGAAAGUGCUUAUAUAUUUACAAUUCAACUUUUAUUAAGUUAUAUUUUCAAUUAUAAAAAGAACGAGCCUUUUCUUUUACUAUAUCCUAUUUUACGAACGCUAGCUUACUAAUGUACAUUUACUGAACGGUUUUACACACAUAUACACAAGCAAGCGAACAAGCGAAAAGAGAGAAAAAAAGGGAGGUAGAGAGAGUGGAAAAGGAGCGUGUUUCAAUGCGAGUUUACAGUGUAAAUUAUACGUCAUAAAAGAG